AUGCUCAAUGGUGAGAAAAACAAAUCACCGCCGCUGGCCGGCGCCGCAGCGUGUCCGCCGGAAUCCUCCGCCAAGCGGGCAAAGAAAAUCCGGGACGCGACCCGCCACCCGGUCUACCGCGGGGUCCGGAUGAGGAGCUGGGGAAAGUGGGUGUCGGAGAUUCGUGAGCCCCGGAAAAAGUCGCGAAUAUGGCUCGGCACCUUCCCGACCGCAGAGAUGGCGGCGCGUGCCCACGACGUGGCCGCGCUAAGCGUGAAGGGGCCCUCCGCCGCCCUCAACUUCCCGGAUCUGGCGGCCGCCCUCCCGCGCCCGGCCUCACUCAGCCCGCGCGAUGUGCAGGCGGCGGCAGCCAGGGCGGCGGCGAUGGAGGGGAUUUCGCCGGCAUGUUCGAGUGAUUCCGGCGGCGUGGUGACGGAGGCCGCCGGGGACGGCGGCCUGGCGGCGUCGCCGGAGGAGCUGGGGGAGAUCGUGGAGCUGCCGAGGCUGUGCGGGUCGCCGGGUUGUUUCGACUCGAGGACGGAUUUCGUGUUCGCCGAUGACGGCGCGGCGGUGGAGGCGUGGUGGGAUCCGCCGCCGCCGCCGCCGCCGCCGUGGGGCGGCAGCGACGAGGGGAUUUCUAGCUGUUUCGAAACUUUGUUGUGGAACUAUUGA